UGGUAUAUUCCUCACCAUGGGGUGUAUCAUCCCAAAAAACCACAGAAGAUCAGAGUAGUUUUUGAUUGUGGAGCUAAAUUCCAGGGAACAAGCCUAAAUGACCAUCUCUUACAGGGCCCAGAUCAAUUGAAUGGGCUCCUGGGUGUACUAUGCCGCUUCCGUCUUGGGAAGGUCGCAUUCAUGUGUGACAUAGAGCGCAUGUUCCAUCGCUUCCGAGUCAGAGAUGACCAUCAAGAUUACAUAAGAUUCCUGUGGUGGGAAGGUGGAAACCUUGAGACAGAACCAGUGAGCUAUCGUCUGAAGGUCCACCUCUUUGGUGCAGUUUCAUCACCAGGGUGCGCCAUCUAUGGACUACGGCAUAUGGCGGAGAAGUUCAAGGACCUUAGCCCAGAAGCCUCCGCAUUCAUAGCUGAAAACUUCUACAUGGACGAUGGUUUAGGGAGCACAGACGAAGUAGAAGAGGCAAUCAAGGUCAUCAAAGGAGCGAGAUCAAUCUGCCAGAAAGGAAACGUGAGACUCCACAAACUGGCGUCAAACAGCAGGGAAGUGCUUGAGUCCAUCCCGCCGUCCGAAAGAGCUAAGGAUAUCAUGGAACUUGAUCUGUCACUUGAUGACCUCCCCAUAGAGAGAGCCCUUGGCAUUCAGUGGUGUAUUGAGUCUGAUGUCUUCCAGUUCCGUCUGACGAUCCAAGACCAACCCCUCACCCGACGAGGCAUCCUGUCCAUGGUAUCUUCGGUUUUUGACCCACUUGGCUUCCUUGCACCAUUUCUGCUGACUGGUAAGCAGAUACUCCAACACCUUUGUAGAGAGAGCACAGACUGGGACCAGCCUCUUCCAAAUGAGCUUCGCCCAAAGUGGGAGGGAUGGAGACGGGGGCUGGUAAGCCUGGCCACCAUAAAAAUACCUAGGUGCUUCAAACCGACCGAUUUUGGACCCAUCAAACAGAUGGAAUUGCAUCAUUUCUCGGACGCAUCGCUCACAGGGUACGGACAAUGCAGCUAUCUGAGAUUAGUGGAUGAGAUUGAAAGGGUUCACUGCUCAUUGGCAAUGUCUAAAGCAAGGGUGGCCCCCCUGAAGCCUGUAACAGUCCCCAGAUUGGAGCUGCAGGCUGCUGUAGUGUCUGUAAAGAUCAGUGACUUUCUCAACAAAGAGUUGAAGAUCAAAGAAAUGAAGAAUUAUUAUUGGACAGACUCCAGGGUUGUUCUUGGGUAUAUCCAAAAUGAAGCACGCCGCUUCAAAAUCUUUGUUGCCAACAGAGUUCAAAGAAUAAGAGAGUCGUCAGAGCCAGGACAGUGGCGCCACAUAGCCACAGAUAUCAACCCAGCUGACCAUGCAUCCAGAGGACUGGAGGCAGAAGAACUGGAAACCUCCAGAUGGUUCAAUGGGCCUGCAUUCCUGUGGGAAAAGCAACUCCCUGAGGUAAGCGACUCAACACCUGAUCAUGAUGAAAUCUCAAACGAUGAUCCCGAGGUCAAGAAGGUCACAGCCCUAGCCACUAAAGCCACAGAGAGAACAGCGAUGCUGAAGAGGUUUGAGAAGUUUUCUGAUUGGUCAAGAUUACUCUCAGCCAUAUCUACACUUCGUGAGCGUUGUUUACGCAAGCUAGGUAAAGGUAUACCCGAUUUGACAGAGAUAAGAAGAGCUUCAGAGACGUUCAUCAUCCUAUGCAUACAAAGAGAAGCCUUUGCAGACGAGAUAGACGAACUGCAAAGAGGAGAACAUCUGAAGAAGGGCAACCAGCUCUAUAACUUGGACCCCUUCCCAGAUGAAGAUGGAAUCCUGAGAGUUGGAGGCAGGCUCAAACAUUCGAACCUGAAUUAUAGAGCCAAACAUCCAGCUAUCAUCCCCAAGAAGACUGCCGUAGCUGAGCUGCUGAUAAAGCAUCAUCAUGAAAAGACUGCACAUCAGGGCAGAGGUAUGACCAUGAAUGAGUUGAGAGCAAGAGGAUUUUGGAUACCAGGUUGCUCUGCCCAGGUCUCCUCACACAUUUUCAAGUGUGUUGUUUGCAGACGUUUCAGGGGAACCACUCAAGUCCAGAAGAUGGCUGACCUACCUAAAGAUAGAUUAGACGCCUCUCCCCCAUUCACAUACUGCGGAAUCGAUGUCUUUGGGCCAUUUGAAGUGACAGAAAGGCGCAAGACCAUCAAAAGGUAUGGACUUCUGUUCACCUGUAUGGCUUCCAGAGCCAUACACAUAGAGUUAUUGGAUGACAUGACAACGGAUGUCUUUUUGAAUGCCCUGCGAUGCUUUGUCGCCCUCAGGGGCAAAGUACGCCUAAUCCGGUGUGACCGGGGUUCUAAUUUUGUAGGAGCAAGACAAGAACUGAAAGAGGCUAUGAAAGAGAUCGAUGAUGCAACCAUUCAAGCCCACUUCCAGGGCGAUUGCGAAUUCGUCAUGAACUCCCCAGAAUCAAGCCACAAAGGAGGCGUAUGGGAACGACAGAUCCGAACCAUCCGCAGCGUGCUGAGAGUAGUCCUAGGAUUGUCACAUUCCCGUCUAGACACCUCCUCACUCAGGACAUUGUUCUAUGAGGUAAUGGCGAUAAUCAACAGCCGUCCAUUGACUGUAGAAAACCUCAACGACCCUACUGCACCCCUGCCACUCACUCCAAAUCAGUUGCUGACGAUGAAAUCAGACAUCCUGAUGCCACCCCCUGGGGAAUUCCCCAAGGAGGAUCUGUAUGCCCGGAAGAGAUGGCGCAGGGUUCAGUAUCUUGCCAAUGAGUUUUGGCAAAGAUGGAGAAAAGAAUAUCUCCAGAAUCUCCAACAGCGCCAGAAAUGGCAGAAGCAAAGAAGAAACGUUGAAGUGGGAGACAUAGUGAUCCUAAAUGACGCAGACCUACCAAGAUGCGACUGGAAGCUGGCAAUGGUAGAGACGACUGAGAAAGGAAGGGAUGAUCUAACAAGAACAGUGAAGCUCCGGAUGGCUAGUGCUGAGCUAACGGCUGACGGGAAGCGCAAGGGCAAGGUCCGAUUCCUGGAGAGACCCAUCCACAAGUUGAUUAUGUUGCUGGAAAAGUCCCCAGAUCAGCCUGAUUAAUUUUCCUAUAGCUUCCUGGUCUUCAAUGGGUGGGAGUUCUUCUCAUUCUCAUUUUUUUUGUGUCCUUUUACACAUUACCUUCCAGAUUGCGUUUAGAUUUAAGUUUUUUUUUUUUUUUUCUUUCAUACGACAAUUAUAUGUUUUUGUAGAUAUUACAGUUUUGGAUACGUACAUAGUAUAACGUUAUGGAAUUCCUCGGAUUACCUUUGGUGAUUGAUUAGUUUAGGUUUUUUUGUGGAAAUCACUUAGGUGAUUUGGGUGGGAGUGUGACAGCAGGCAAUGUGAGAUGUUUUCUAUUUUGUGUGGCUGAAGAUGACUCACAGUUAGCAUCUCUUAGAAAGCACUUUGGACGGGUCAAACUCUGGCAUGAGUGGUACACCAAGGUUGUAGGCACUAUGGACCACUUCACUUCCUGUUAAGAAAUACUUGAUUCUUACACCUUUCAAGAUUUAGUCCCAUUUUUGAUUUAGUAUAUUUCAUGAUGGUUUAAGUUUAACACAUCAUCGUUUGGGUUUAAAUAGUUUUCAUGUUAGAUUUCAGGAUGUUUCCUUUCGUUUAUUCCUUGAUUAUUAGCUGUGAUUAACGGAGUAUUUAUUUGGUUAUAUGUCCAGGAUUUGGGAUAGUCAACUUCCUCCCAUCCUUUCUCAUACAUGCUCUUGUCUUGGAUAGAUCAGAAACAUUUAUGCCAAUUUCAAUCUAACAUAUAUCAGCGGAAUCCUAGACCCCAGAAUGCGGCAAACACGUCUUUUACGGCAUCAACGACAUACAUAAGGAGUUAGAAAUAUUUGUAAGACAGAGAACGAAGAAAGAUUUAUCAAUAAAGAUGCCCGUAUAUCAUAUAAAGAGUGUUUAUUCAUCAGAACGAUUGGUCCACCACCUGGGGCGGCUUGAUUCCGUACAGAGUCCAUGGCAGAA